AUGCCCUUUAAGGUGCUAAUAAUCGGCUCCGGCCUCUCCGGCAGUCUCCUUGCCAACGGCCUCAAGAAGUACAACAUUUCCUACACACUCUACGAACGCUCCCCCGACCCCUCUUCCUCCUCCUCCCCCCAACGCACCGGUUACCAGAUCCGCCUCGGCACGCCAGCGCUCGACGCCUUCCGCCGCUGCCUCACACCCAAUGUCAAGGCCACUAUCUGUGCCCGGUUCGGGCGUGGUAAUGCGAGCGCCCCGAUAUUAUAUAGCAAGGGCAUGGACGUGUUCGUCGACCUGACGAGACUACCGACAUAUCCGAAGAGUGCGCCCGUGAAUAGGGUUGUUCUGAGAGAUGCGCUGGCAGAGGAAGUGGAUGUUGUAUAUGGGAAGGCGUUUAUAAGGUAUGAGGUUGUGAGCGGGGAGAACGGAGGAAAGAGGAUUAAGGUUUUCUUUGAGGACGGAACGGAGGAUGUGGGAGAUUUGUUGGUGGCGGCGGAUGGUAGUGGGUCUAAGAUCAACGUUCAAGCCGGGCUCUGUAAUAUAAUAACCCUCACCAAGAUCCAAAGCUUCCUGAUCAAAGGCCCUCUCACACCCGAAACUUUCGCCCUUCUACCGCCUGAGAUCAAGCGCGCCCCCGUCGCCGUCCCCUCCGGCCGCAACCUUCUUUUCGCCUCCUGCUACCUCCCCACCCCAGCCACCAAUACCACCACCUCCCAUAAAUACGACCCUACCCUGGCCUCCCUAAUGCUCUCCUACGUCACACCCACCUCCAACCUCCCCACCAACUUCGAUACCCUCACCACAGCCGAGAUCUCCACCUUCCUGAAAACCCUCUAUGCCGACGCCGACCCCCGCCUCAACACCAUCAUCUCCGCAAUCCCACACACCGACAUCUACACCUUCAAUCCACGGACAUCACGGAAGCCACCUGCUAGCUGGCGUCACGAUGUGGCAACACCCGACGCCCCGGAGCGUGGGCAUCCGCGCGUGUGGUUUCUGGGUGAUGCGGUGCAUCCAAUGUUACCUGGGCGCGGCAUGGGCGGGAACCAGGCCAUGCAUGAUGCGGGAAAGAUGUUAGAGGUAUUAGUGGCUAUGCUAGAAGGGGGAGAGGAGAUAGAUGAUGAGGCGGUGAGGACCGCUGGGGAGAGGUAUGAGAAGGAGAUGAUGAAGAGGGCGUUUGGCUGGGUGAAGGCGAGCGGGCAUGGAUUGGGGAGGAUGGGGAGCUUGGAGAGUUAG